CAGAGUAAGGGCUGUGAGGCUGGAGAUUGAGAACUGCUCGCGUUCAGGACGGGACGCGCCAACCAGCUGCUAAAACAUUCACCCCGCGUGUGUUCCCCUGGCACUAGAUGGCUCGGUGCAAUGCACUGGCUGCCCGUGUGGCACUGGCCCUGUGGAUUACAGCCGGAUGGAGCUGGGCUGGUCGCAAGCAAGAGGAAUCGUUCGCCACGGACAGUGUUUCCAAAGCUAGAUGUACAUCGCGUUGUCUGAGCCUGCACAUCACUCGUCUCUCAGCUUUGUUCAAGAACUUUCAGAACAAUGGGUCUUUCAAUUGGUGUCAAAAUCACAAGCAAUGCUCAAAGUGCCUUGAGCCUUGCAAAGAAUCCUGGGACAUCCAGGAGACUCACUGUCCAAGCAAGUGUGAGUUUCUUUUCCCAAAGAAACAUUAUGAGUGCCUGACGAGCUGUGAGUUCCUGAAGUCAAUCCAGUCAGCGAAGCAAGGGGACUGUCCGGCUGCAGAGAAGGCCAGUGGGUUUGCUGCUGCCUGUGUGGAAAGUUGUGAGGCCGACAACGAAUGUUCGGGGCUGAAGAAAUGCUGUUCCAACGGCUGCGGUCAUACAUGUCAAAUACCACGUAACCUGUUCAGAGGCGUCCCUUUGAAGCCCAGAAAGGAGUUACGUUUUGCCGAGCUACAGUCUGGAAAUCUGGAGAUUAAAUGGUCGUCGAAAUUCAAUAUCUCUGUGGAACCAGUUAUCUACUUGGUACAGAGGAGGUGGAACUAUGGGAUCCAUCCCAGUGAAGAUGAUGCUUCUAACUGGCAAACAGUUGCACAGACCACAGAGGAACGAGUCCAACUGGCUGACAUUCGCCCCAAUAGGUGGUACCAGUUUCGAGUGGCUGCCAUUAAUGUUCACGGCACACGGGGAUUCACAGCUCCCAGCAAACAUUUCCGCUCUUCAAAAGAUCCUUCAGCCCCGGCUGCACCCUCUAAUGUGAGAGUCAGCAACUUUACUGCCAAUAGCGAUGGCACCAUUACCACAAGGAUCCUCUGGGAAGUGCUGGAAGAACCUGAUAUUCCUAUACACCAUUAUAAAGUCUUCUGGAGCUGGACAGUCAACACAAAGUCUAUGGUGCCAUCCAAAAAAAAAAGAAGGAAAACUAUAAAUGGAUCUCAAAACCACGUGGUCCUGGACGGACUCCUGCCUAACAAUAGCUACAUGGUGGACCUGCAAGCUGUAGCAUAUUGGAGUCAAGUACGUCUAAAAAGUGCCAAAGUGUCUCUGUAUUUUGGCACCCCUCGGAUACCCAGCACGAGAGACCUUUCAGCUUCAACAACAAAAUCCAGACAUGGUGUUGUCAAUGCCCUCCCAGCAUCUCUUGGGAAAAGAACUAUGCGCCUCAUUGAUGUUGGGGCCCCUUUCUAUCAGGACAAUCAGCUUCAGGUUAAAGUUUACUGGAAGAAAAUGGAAGAUCCUGGUGGCAUUGCGGAGCGAUAUCUUGUCCAGUGGAUGCCAGAGUCUUGCGUGCACAACGAGACGAAGAUUUCCAAAAAAGUAAUCGCCCAUGAAACUUUUGUAAUCCUCCCAGGACUGAUUUUCUCUUGCACGUAUAAAGUUAUGGUUCAGCCAAUAAUGGCCAGGGGCCAGGGGAAAGCAGAGGCUGUGAUCUUCACAACUCCAACAUGCUCAUCUCUUCGAGGAAAAGGUCUAAAACAAAGCAACUGUCCCAGCGAUGGGGUGACAACCAUUCCCAAAGUGCUUGUCAAACCCGAGAACCUGUCGGCAUCAUUCAUAAUUCACGCAGGGAACAUUACUGGACAUUUCCACUGGAGGAUAUCUAAAGUACAACUUCAUCAGCCUGUUACAGGAUUUCAGGUUACAUGGGCAGAGGUGACUACAGAAAGCCGACAAAACAGCUUGCCCAACAGCAUUAUAUCCCAGUCUCAAAUAUUGCCACCAGACCACCAUUCGCUUAUUGUGCCCGAUCUGAGGCCAUCAACUUGUUAUAGGCUGGAAGUACAACUACUGACUACAGCUGGAGAGGGUCCAGCAACGGUCAAGACAUUCCAGACACCUAGCUUAUCUUCAUCCUUGUCACACAGCUCCAGACUGCAACAUCAUCAGCAACAGAAGCCAGUAUCAGUAAAGCACUGAAACAAUUAUAAUUGCAUUAUGGAGGUUGUUUAAAGAUUGUUGAUGUGAAAAAAACAAUUAAAAAAAAGACUCAUCUCCCUGUCUGAAAAAGAGAAAAGAGUAGAAGAAUGUCUCCCUCCAACUCACCUUUUAAAAUUCGAUUAUCAAACCUGUGCCAUAAAAAGUAUAUUCUUCAAUGUUAUCAUCACUGUAUUGUGUCUUCAGAGGGUGGCUUUGAAAUUGUGCUAUUUAUUAACCUGUUUUGUUAAAUGUGCUGAUCCUGAUAUAUGCAAAAUUCACAUUUUUCCUAUGGAUACCUGUACUCGGCAAGCUGCCUGGAAAAUAUGUCUAAAACCUGCAUAUUUUAACUGCGAGUGAGAAUUCUGUCAGUUUAUUAAUCUAUUGCAUGUAAUAAAGUUAUUAAAUUAUAAUGUAAAUGAAUCUUAUCGGAUGUUGGCAAAGCACAGUUGCAUGGUAGACCUGUCAGUGUUCUAUAUGGCAUGAUUUGUAUGUCGAUGUUACCUCCACUGAGUAUAUUAACAUGAUACAGUUUACAGAAUAAUUAACAAAGUCUAUAUGCACAAAUUAUUUACUUUUUAAUAUUGGAAUGUUAAUGUAGUCUGGAAAUAUCAGUACUGUUUUGUCCAUUGGUAAACUAGCUGUAGAAAUCAUGUUCCUCAUUGCAGUCGUGUUUUGAUCAAUAUUUAUUACUGUAUACACCACUUUGGUUGACUCAUUUUGUGCAGCUUUGUCAUAUUUGGGAUAACAGACCUCUUGUAAAGACAUUUUGUAAAAAUGGAAUUUGUAAAUAGAGUUUGUUGUAUGUUGCAUUACCCAAUAUUUUCAUGUUAGACUUUGUACAUAUUGUUGACGUAUUAAAGAGCUCUCCGGAAAACGUACAUGG